AUGAGUUGCAGCUUGGUACUGAGACCGGCAAGACUCACUGGCGACGCCGACUACGAUGCCGGCAAAACAUCUGAGAAUGCACCAAGUCUACCAUCUGAUGCUGGCUAUUAUCGUAACUACUGUGGCAGAGGACUUCUGGCAAGGUGUGUCCAACUAGGUCGCCUUGACAACACGACCAAGUUGAGCAAAUGGGCUCGGAUCACUUCUAAAAUAACGGAAUGCUUGGGAAAUAAAUGUUUAAUGGUUCCAUCUAAUCUCAGCCAUGAAGAGGGGAUGAAAGCAACUUGGCCUGAUCAUAAACAUCCGGACUUAAAUAGACAAAGUUCUAAGCUAAAGUUACUUCCCGACUGGAUGCCGUUAUUAUUAUGUUAG